UUUAAACCAAAGGAAGCCAGCACGUGGCAGGAGGAGGCGUUCAUUGCAGCUCACGGGGGGCUCUGCGUGGUUUUGCUGCUGCGCUGCGUUGAGUCCUUUUCGGGAAUGGGGGGAGCACACGGGGCUGCGUUGGGUUUUGUGUCAGUGUGUCACAGUGUGACUGCUCUGCAGAGUUCCCACCUUUGAUGGUACAGAUGUUUGCAUCCGUUGUUUGUGGCGCUUAUCGGUCGUCCCGUGAGUGACAGCUUUAGGAGGAAGAGAAGAGCACUGGGAUCGGGUAGAGCUUUCACUGCGGUGGCAGGCAGGCUUGGCAAGGUGCUGGGCUUUCGUGCUCGCAUUUAGAAUAACAAGACUGAAUUUGGAGGGGUAACACCUCAGCAACGAUUUUCCUGGUCCUCAUUUGGACCUCUCUGUGGACAGCACAGAGAAAGCAACCCAGCUUGGGGCAGAUCCGGGUCUGUGGCUGAUUUAGUCCUCCAUACAGGCUUAGGAGAGAAGUGUGUGUGUGUAACGUGAGAAUAACCAGGGAUUUAUAGAAAUAGAACAUGAGUAAGAACUUCAAAAGCACCCAAAUGAUUUGGGCACUGGAAUCAUGCGGGCGCUCCUGAAAAACGUGUACCAGCCUUUAAACCAUCCUUAUUAUUCACCUUGCCUGCAAUUUGCUUCUCAUUUUUGGUGAGCUGGACCUGCCCGACCCACAGCUCACAGCGUUGUCCCUCAGUGGGAGCGGUGCAGAGCUGAGAGCAAUUCCUGCAAUGCCUUCAGCUCUGAAAGUCAUUACUGCACAACGCUGUGGGAGCCAAGAGGGCUCAGCUUAUGGGAUUUGGGGGGGAAAAAAAAGGAUUAGAAACUUGAUACGGAUAGCAAGAAUCUCUAGAAUUAAUAGGAAAUUAAAUGAGGACUUUGCAAAGGAUAUAAAUCCUUGUAUUUCAGGAUAGAAGCCAAUCUUAGGAUUUAGGGAGAAGCUUCUCCUUGUAGGGAGUUUCUCCCCGUGCUGUUUGCUGGUGGGUACAUUGCCUUGCAGCUCGCUAUGUACACAGCUGGUGUGGGGUCUCCUGUGGGAGCAUCUCCUCUUCUGGAAGAGCUUCUGGUUGAGCAGCACUGAGCUCAAACCUCAUGGCUGUGCGUUGCAGCAGCCUGGAGAUACCUGCAUAUAAAGCAGCAAUCCCACGGGCUGCUCUCUGAGCUUAUCAUCACUGUUACACAGCAGAGUGAUAGCAGGUGCUGAGCAUAUUCCAGACAGCAUCUCUUUUGGAAGCUCAUAGCCUCUUGUUGCUAGCAGUGAGAGAUGCUGUGUGAGAAGCCGGAAUCUCUAGGCUGGUGGCUGAGUUGGAAAGUGAAACCUUUUGGUCUGCUUGCUCUUUGCUAGAGUCCCUAGGAGAGAUGGGUUUGUGUGUGGCACACCUCCUGCUAAGCGUUCCCCCGGGUGCACUCUGUGGCCACAUGUAUUCCUGCAGUGUGGUCACUGCUCUCUCUAAAAUAAAUAACAAAGUUUACAAAUAAUAAUAACCCAAGUGGCCCAAUCCUGUAGAGAAGCCACUGGUAGGAGCUUUGCCAGCAUGUGUACAGAAGAAGCCGGUUCUAAAAGCAUCACAUCUAUGGAACAGCAAAGCAGCAGGGUAGAGGUGGCUCUUAGAUGCAUGGGUCUCCCUGAAUGUGUUUUUGUGAAUGCUUUUUGAAGGUGGCAGCUGCUCCAUGACGUCCCUGCCUCACUCUGAGCAUCUGAACCUGGAGAUGUUUGUGUUGGGUCCACUGAGGGUUUGCAGAUUGCUUCCAAGAACUGUACAAAAGCAAAUGAAAACAAAUCUGGAUGCCCCAUAGCCUUUAUACACAAUGCUGCUAAUCUGCUGCACUGUACCACUCUUAAUGUGUUGUUCCUAUAGCUCUAGACUGGUUUAAAGUAGCGUAGAAUGCCAUGCAGGAGGACCCAGGCGGGGUCUAUUUCUUGUGCUGCUGUUGUUCAUCACCGCUUUAAGAAUCUCUGAAUCCAAUUUUGUGUUAUAGAACUGCAGAAAGUUGCUGAUGUACCAACAAAAGCACUGAGCUGCUUGUUCUGAAAACACGGAUACAUAAAGCACCCAUUUUAUUAUGAUUUUACAUGUGCUGCUCCUUGGAGGUCCUCAGAUUUGUUCCCUCCUUCCUUGUUUUCAUAUCCUAGCAUGUCAGUUCCUCCUGCAGCCCAAAACUGUGAGUUUAAUUUUGCUAUCCUGCAUGAGAGGAGGAGCAGACCCCAUGAAUUCUCACUCCAAUUGCUGUCUGCACAUUGACAGGAGCUGCUGCCAGGCCACCUCCAGGGUCUGUCCCAUCUUACAUUGGAGGGAAACCUUCCUGGAGAAGCACAUGAGAACGGCCUGUGAGGUCUGAAGUCCUUUUCUUCCAUGCAGGGAGCAGGCUGGCUCUGCUUUGCUCUGCUGGGAGCUGAAGUUCUUUGUGGCUGUUUGUCUCCAGGAGUUAAUACUUAAGGUAAAAUGCAAAUAUAAUGAGUGCAGUGACUCAAAUGUGUGCGAGAUGUCAGCACUCAAAUGACAUUCAUGUUCUUGCAGAGCAGGCUAGUGCCAAUUUGUGCACAGUUGAGGAGAGCAUCCGGAUCCUGCUUUGGAUUUACGGGUUACGACUUUUGGUGAAAUGAUGCAUGCAAUAAAACUCAGAAAUUGCACUUUCGUUACCCAACGUUAGCAGUGAUCCUGCUGGGAUCUGACCUCCCAGUGCUCAGACCUCACACCCACUGCUCUUCUGCCAUCUCAUCCCAACUACCUGCAUUUUAUUUAUAGGAGAAACGCAGAGAAAUGGCUCUUUGCUCAGGCUGGCUGUGGGUACAGGUGUGCUCGCUCUGUCCUCUCCAAGGACACCAAGAGUUGCCUGCUGUUGAAUUCAUGCUGGCUGCAGAGCAGUGCUUUGUCUGGAGCUGCUCUGAUCCUCUGCUUGGAGAGAGAGAGCACCCAACGUGGGUCAGUGAUCCACAGCAUCUGGGCCAACGUGCUGCUGCUGGGUGUCCUCACUCUGCAGUUCUUAUUGCUCGCGCUGCUCUCUGCAGGAUGUUCCUUUGCUUUGCUUGGAGCUGUGCAAACAGAAUAAAGGAUUGUUCCACUCGCAGAGAGAGAGAGCCCUUGUAGGUCUGGGUUGGAGGCAGCUCGUAAAUACAAAGAGAUGGAGCACAAAGAAGCAAUGAGAGGACAGCAGCUUUCUAUUUCCGUGUGUACCAGGUACCGAUGUGUGGUGACAGGAGAGGGCUUUGUGUGGGUGCUGUUGGAUCCAAGAGGUGCGCUGUGACAAACAGCUGCUGUGUGCACGGCGGUGGGAGCAGCUGGAGCUGUGCUGGAACAAAAGGCUGCUGUGCUGCAGCCAAGGCUGGAGCAGCAAUUAUUGGGCUGGGAAGGUUGGCUUUUCCUGAGGACUGACUAAAACCAGGUUUGGGAGAGUGGCAAAGUGUUGGUCUGGAGGGGGGUCUGACCAUGCAGGUGAAAAGAAGGGCAUGAGGGCAACUAGAGGGAGGGCAAGUGGGAAGGGUGCUUCCAGCUGUGAAGUCCCUCAGCCUGUGGGUAUUCUUGCAACCUCAGUGCUUGAGAUCCAUCCAUCCACUGGACAAAUUACUGGAGAAUGUGCUGUUUGGGAGCAGCCCUGGGGAAACUGAUUCAACAGGGCCUCUUUCAUCUUUGAUUUCUGUGAACACAGUCUAUGUUUGUGCUGUCAUCAUCCCUCCCCCCCCCCCAGAUACUUCCAUUCAUCACUGCCUGUGUCCAAUACCUAUAGCCACAAAUGAGCCUUUGGGGCAAGAGCAGGGAAUGCUGGCAAUCCCCUCUGUUAGCAGGACAGUGCCAUGGGGCUAGUUAGCUGAUGUGGAGUCAAAACAGCCAGGGUUGGUGCUGGUGAUAACUCCUGUGUCCUGGCUCUUGCUGGGCAUGGAUGGCAGCACUGUGUGGCUCCAUAUGAGUUGCCUGGAGCAUCCUGCAGAGAUAGCAGAGGUCCUUUUGCUUCAUUUGUGGCUCGCUGAACUUUACUCUAAUAAACACAGGCAAUGUGGAGAGAAUGGUCCCACCUCUGCUUGGAGAGUCUGCAGUGCACAAUCUCCCACUUACCCUCUGCUGCUACAGCAAACCUUUUCAGCAAGCGUUGAGUAACGUUGGAGCUCAGAUCACCUCCUGCCUGUCCUCCCCGAUGGCUGUACUCCACACCAAGGCACAAAUCUAACCAACAGAUGUCCUGCAAAACUCAGGAAGAUUUGGAGCUGAACUCCUUGCUGGUACCUGGAGCUGGAAGCAGAAGCGAGGUGCCUGGUUGUAAGGAGAGGUGAGGGGUGCACAACGCUUUGCUCCAUUUGCUGCCGAUAGGAAUUGCAGCUUUGAGCCUUGUCUUCUCAGAAGGAAAAACCUCCCCUUCCUGAUGGUCGGUGCUGCUGUGAGUUCUGCAUAGAUGGCUACAGCAUAACAUGAAAUCCUUGCAUGUGUGGAGUCCUUGAUACGUGAAACUGAUAACGAGGAAAGCACAAGAUUCCCGAAGUUCUGUCAUUAUGAUUUUUGGUUAUCGGUAUUCCACAUCAUAACAUCAUGUAGUGCACUGGGAGUUUAAUUGUGAAUGCUCAAGUUCCGGGCCCGUAAACCGUUGACAAGUUCUCUGUAACAAUCUCUCAGUGAAGCUUUAUCUGCUUUAAAAAAUACCAUCUGAUUGCUUCUUAUCUUUGGGCAGAAGUGAAAUCGUAGAAUGUCUCAUUUUCAGACCCAGACCUCAUGACUGGUCUGUUGUGAUGAGGAACAACCUCUUGGCUUCUGACAGAGCCCGUGCAGAGCUCCACUAUCCCGGGUACAUGGAAAUGCUGCUGCUCCUGUAGUGCUGCAGUUUGCCUCUCACGUGCUCAGGGGCCAAUGUGAUGGACGGGGCUCUGCACUCACAGCUGUCCUGGGGCUGUUCCUCACACUGCAAAGACUCUUUGUCUCAUUCAAAGCCAUGACCUCAUUUUUAGAGACAGAAAACAGAGAGGGAGAAACCCACCAACCUGCCAGCGGGGGUCAAAGGGCUCCUGAGCGAUAUGUUAGCAUCCAGCUUCUGCGACAGGGACACAAAUAACUGGAAUUGCAGACCAGAAAAUUACCAUGAAAAAAUGGACUAACUAGCAUGUGAUUACAAAAGAGCCCAUUCGUUCUGUGUGUGUCUAGGACUCAAAGUCUGUCCUUUGAGGAAGAGCUUGAGGUCACGCUCCCAAAACUUGAAGCAAAAGGGACUGCAGAGGUCGGUGCUGGUUGCCUGAUGCCAUCCGAGCGGUGCCGUGCUGAUGGGGCAGCUGCUCUCCUCUCUUCCCCAUGCACAGACUGGGACAUCAGUGCUGUCCCUGUGACCGUCACAAGUUUCCAAGUAAAGCCAGAAAUGGAGAAGCCUACUGCUGGAAGUCCCAGAGCUGUGCUGGAGGCAGGAGGGGCAGCAGGGACUCAGGCGUGCCGUUACGCAGCAUUUGUGCUUUGCGUGGAAACCACGAGUUCCAAUUUCACUUCCCGUUUUCUCAGCCCUGCAAGCAGCCGUGGCAAAGUAGACACAGUGUGAAGCCAGCUGGGGUUUCUGCCCUCUCUUCUCUGUAACAGAUGAGGAAAUUUUUUCUUCCACUCAGCACCAGUGAUUAAAGCUCAGCAGUUGUGUGCCAUAAGCUGUGCUGGGACAGCUGUGUGUUCUCUACACGUGCUGAAAGUCAUCCUGCAGGGCUGAUCUCAUGCAGGGUGCCAGAGGUGAUCCAAAAAGCCCACACCAUCAUUUUCUUAAAUACCUGCAGUGGACAGAAACGAGGAUUCAAUAUUGAAGAGUUUUGAGCACAUCAUGUGAGCAGAAGGGUGAGCACAGAGCGGAUCCCUGCCUGCCCACACUUAACAUUACUGGGACCACAUCUCUCAGCGGGAGGAAAAGACGCUUCGUUCACCGAUGCUAAAAAUGGGAGGCAGCAUCUGUCCAGCAGACAGGGAAAAGAAACUGCAGACUUUGCCUGUGGGACACCCCGGGUUGUGCUGCAGUGCUGCAGCCCACGGGCAGUGAGGGACAGCAUGGCUCUCAAUGUGCUCCUGCACAACCGCAGGGCUCAGCUCCUGCUGCUCAACUCUCUGACGUUUGGCCUGGAGGUCUGCCUGGCUGCUGGCAUCACCUACGUGCCUCCAUUGCUCCUGGAAGUGGGCGUGGAAGAGAAGUUCAUGACCAUGGUGUUGGGGAUAGGACCUGUCCUUGGCCUGGUUUUUGUCCCACUGAUCGGAUCCGCCAGCGACCACUGGCACAGCAGCUAUGGCCGAAGGCGGCCAUUCAUCUGGGUGCUGUGCCUGGGAGUCCUGCUGAGCCUCUUCAUCAUCCCUCACUCCAGCAGCCUGGCCAGCCUGUUUGCCCUCAAUACUCGCCCUCUGGAGAUCGCCUUCCUCAUCCUGGGCAUUGGACUGUUGGAUUUCUGUGGUCAGGUCUGCUUCACCCCAUUGGAGGCACUGCUCUCAGACCUCUUCCAGGAGCCGGAUAACUGCCGCCAGGCCUUCUCCAUGUACGCCUUCAUGAUCAGCUUGGGGGGCUGCAUUGGCUACCUGCUUCCAGCCAUUGACUGGGGGGCCAGUUUUCUGGCCCCAUACCUGGGAGGACAGGAGACGUGCCUCUUCAGCCUCCUCGCUGUCAUUUUCCUCGGCUGUGUGCUGGCCACGCUCUUUGUGACCGAAGAAGCAGCUGCUCAAGGGGAUGCUCUGGAUGGCCCAGCACUGAAGGAUGCUCUCCCUAAGCCCUCACCCUCUGCCUGCUGCUCUUGCCAGCUCUCCACGAGCCUCCUGCAAGCCAGGCACAUGAUGCAGGCCCUGAGAAACCUCUGCACGUUGGUGCCAAGGCUUCACAGCCUCUACUGCCGCAUCCCCAAGGUCAUCCGGCGCCUGUUUGUGGCUGAGCUCUGCAGCUGGAUGGCACUCAUGACUUUCAUGCUGUUCUACACGGAUUUUGUUGGGGAAGGGCUGUACCAUGGUGUCCCCAGAGCCAAGCCAGGCACAGAUGCCAGACGCCGCUAUGAUGAAGGUGUCCGGAUGGGCAGUUUGGGACUCUUUUUGCAAUGCGUCACCUCCAUUUUCUUUUCGACAAUCAUGGACCGGAUGGUGAAGCAGUUUGGGACACGAGCUGUGUACCUGGCCAGCGUGGUAUUCUUCCCUGCUGCUGCCUUUGUCAUGUGCCUUUCCCACAGUGUCAUCGUUGUCACCAUCUCUGCUGCUCUGACGGGCUUCACCUUCUCUGCACUCCAGAUCCUGCCGUACACCCUGGCAUCACUGUACCAUCAUGAAAAACAGGUAUUUCUGCAUAAAUACAAGAGCAAAGAGGAGAGAGAUGCAGCUCGAUCGGACAAGAAAUCAUCCUUCCCCAAAGGCCACCUCUCCAGCCAAAAGCUGCCUUACCAGAACGGACACUCCGGGGGCCUCUACUCCUCAUCCUCCUCUUCCUCCUCUCCCCCAGCUGCCAGCUCUGCCCUGUGUGGCAGCUCCUCUUGUGAUGUCUCACUGAUGAUGAUGGUGGGCGAACCGGAUUCGGUUCCUCCGGGUCGAGGGAUCUGUUUGGACCUGGCCAUUUUGGACAGUGCUUUCCUCCUCUCUCAGGUUGUCCCCUCUCUCUUCAUGGGGUCCAUCGUCCAGUUUACGCAGUCGGUGACUGCCUACAUGGUGUCAGCUGCCAGCUUUGGCCUCGUUGCCAUUUACUUUGCAACCAAAGUUGUCUUUGAUAAGAGUGACAUGGCCAAGUAUUCGGUGUGAUGGGGGGAUGCACCGGGGCAGCACGUGGGUGCCAAGAUGAGGGCUGUGCACAUCCCCGUGGCUGCUUGUGGGGUGCUGCAUGUCGUGCGUGCUGUCCCCAUGCUGCUGCUGGGAGCCCCAGUGCUGCUCUUGGGGCUGGGGAUGGCAGAGAGGCAGCAGGGAUAAUCUCAGGUGUAAAUAGGAGGCACUGGGGCAUUGUGCUUUGGGCCAUCAGUGCUUUCCACACUGUGCCUUUCUCAAAAGUAAGCACUGCACAGCCAGCACCAAAGGGAUUGCACUGGGGGGAGGAAGGAGUCAGGCUUUUCCUUUAGAAAUGGGUGUGGGGAGGGGGAAAGAGCCACUGGCUUUCCUGCCUUCCAGUGCUGUGUGUAUCCUCUCCCCCCACUUGCUGCAGUUGUACUCAACUUAUUGAGUAACGCUUCCUCAAAGAAGAGGAGAUCACCUUGGAUGAAGGAUGGGAGCUCAGGUUUGGCCGUGGAGCAGGAGGGAUGCGUGUCUGUUCUGACAGGGAGAAACCACCCAGGAGAACAGUCACUAUGGCAUGUUUUGGAAAAAACAGGGAACGUUUCAUUAGGACCGGUUCCAAAAGAUGACUUAUCUUUUACCUAUGCACCAAAUUGCAUCAGAUGGAAAGGACUGCUUAACGUUUUUAUUUUUAUUUUUAUUUUUUUUUUUAAGAAUGAUUCUUUUUAGCUUUCCUUACACUUCUGGAUAACUGAUCUCUUUCUCAGUGCCCAGAACAGCCGCCUGCUCUCUCCCAGUGAUCUCCCAGAUCCAAACUGGUGUGCACCCCCAAACCAGACACCUGAAUGAUGCUGUCACGAGGGUUCAAUCCUACAGCGAGGGAGGAGAACAGGCAGAGCUGUCCAUGAAGGCAAUCCAGGAACAAACAUACCUCAUCAAAUUCUUACCUGCUCCAAGUGCCUCUCAAUCCCUUAACACUGGGACCAGUGCUGCUGGGUUGGUCAGCCCUCAGAUGCGAGGCACCUUCUGCUGGCCUGAGACAAGUGCACCAGUUGCACCAAUGCUCUGCCACUCAGAGAUCACCCCUGUGCUGAGUAGGAGCCGAGAUCCCAGCUUGCAUUUAGCACUCAGGCUCUGAAAUGGUGCAAGCAAUGCCCAGAGUGAGGCACGAACAUCUGGAGGCAGGGCUGGGGGCACGCAGGGACUCAGCAGCCCUCAGUUUCAGCUGCAAACAAAGUGUUUGUGACCAAUUUUCAGUGGAGGUGUGUGGGCAGUGAGAUGUGCUGGUGAGGCAAAAUGUUGCUAUUUUUGCAAGAAUAUUCCUUGGCAUGGAAGUGAGAUUACUGCCCUGCUGUUUGCAAGCGGGUCGUGAGAGGGCUUCUCCUCACUGCUUUCAACACAUCUUUCCCGUAAGGGGUGACUCUUUUUGUUUUAUUUCUCCUCAAAUUAUAUGCCUACCAGCUUCCCUUUCCCACAAGAAGCCCCAUGUGCUGAAAUGCAGCUGUUUUGGGAACGGAUUUGGCAGCUGUGCAACCAUUGACGGAAGCGGUUUUGUGUGUGUGCUUCCAGCCCUGGUCUCUGUCCACCCCAUUCGUCAGGGGGAAGUCCUGCAGGCAGAAGGUCACUACCAAAGGUGCAGCACUUCUUGAAUGCUCCCAGGGAUCAGUAACCUUUUCAAAGAGGUCCCUGAGUGCUGGAACACUUUGCCAUUUGUUUAAGUGCCUGAAGAGCGCAUCCACAACACAGCCUGGGUGUGCAGGUGGAAUGAUGAGGGCAUUGAGAGCUUGGUGAAGAACAUCCAGGUGAUACUUGAGAGAGCAGUGGGCUCAGGGGGUUGGCAGCCUUUCAUAGCAUCUUUUGGUUUGGAAUGUGAGAGCCAAAGGUGGUGCAGUUCUUCAUCCUUUACUCAUAGCUGUCCAAUGAGAGUGGAAGGCUGAAACCUGCCUGAUUCCCCCAUCCACAGAGAUGGCUUUGGAGUAGUGAUGUACUGAUGGCCAGGAGUGGUUUGUGGUGACAUUGGCUGCAGCAGGCUGUGUGUCCCAGCUGAGCUGGAGGGCCUGAGGUCAGUCCAUGCUGGUUGGGUCUCAGAUCUGCCCUCCACUCAGGCUCUGUGAUCACCCAUCCACAUCUGCCCUGUGUUAAGGCUUUGGUGCCCAGGUUUUGGUGGCAACUCUGAUCUUACACAUCCAGGGAGGUGCCUGCAUUUACUUCGUUUAUGUUCUGAAAAGACCAAUGAGCCCAUGGCUGUGGCCAGCUGUUCUUGCUGCUUCAUUCCAGGUGGGUGCCUGGUGUCUCACCUUGGCCUACCUGGGAGAUGGGAGCUCCUUCUCUGCAGAGAUGUGGUCCCAUCUAACCAUCCAUUCACAUCCUGGCUGUGCUGCUCUUGUUCCAGUCAGCUCAGCAAGUGUGAAAAGAGCUCCCUGGUUAUCUACCAAGAGGCUCUCUGAUUUCUCAGCUCCCUCUUCCCCCUUCUUUGCAUUUCCUCAGCUGGAGUGAAACCCUGCGGAUUCGGUAAUUGCUCCUUUCCUCCUUACCCUCCUAUUAGACCAGGAGAAAUCUGCUGGGCCCUCUGCCAGCUCCCAAAACAGUGGGCAGAUGGGUGCAGGGAGGAGCUCUUGCCAAGACCCGUUGCUCUUUGCUAACCCUGUCCACUGUGGGAGCCCAAACCCAGACAGAUGGGGGCUGUCUGCAAGAGAGCAGUGUAGAAAAACCACAGUGUGCAGUCUGGUCCUGGAUCAUUACCAAAAGCCUUUCUUCCUAGGUCAGGAUGUCACUGAGGCUUAUAGGGGAGGCAUUUUCCAGGAUGCGUACUGAGAAACUCCUAUCUUCAUAAGGUUGUCCUUUCUGGGUAAGCAGUGUGCUGCUAGAACUGUGUCUGCAUCCCACACAGCCCAGCAGGGGACACAGGUAUGUUCUGCUAAACGAAAGCACACCCCUUGCAUACUGUUAUUGAUCUAACCUGUGCGAGCACAGAAUCCUCCUUAGGACUGGGAUCAUACUGUACAAUUUAUAGGUAUGGGUGCAAGCUUCUCAGAGGCUGUUGCUGGGAGCCUUUCUGUAGGUGUAGGUGCACUUCUGCUUGGGUGAGCCACACUGUGCCUCUCCUUUCCUUUUGCAAGCUGGCGAUUUUGGGAUGUGGAGGGGAAAAGGGAGGAUGUAUUUUCUAACAGGAGAUGAUUGCUGCGAGCAAAGGAAGAGCGUUUGAUGCUGUUUUUUCCUUUCGAGAUCACAUACUGUCUGCAAGACGCGAAUGUUUUAUUUAUUCGGUAGAGUAAAUAUUUUGUAUACAAUGCGAGAAGAAGGCUGUUAUAAUUUUAUUAUGUAAAGGAAGGAAAUUAAAGGUGUUGGACGGAAGGACGGACGGACAGACGGACGUUGUGCGUUACUGCCGUGCGCCGCAAGGGGGCGCCGUAACCGCGGCGGCUCCGCAGCGCUGCCGCUUCGGGCGCACAGAGCGCGGCGCCGCGUCCCGGCCGGCUGUGUUGGAACCCAGCAUCUUUAAACAGCUGAGAUUUCCCCAAUUCCUGCAAGGAACUGCGGUAAUAUCACUUCUUACCCCCUGUCUCAGGUUUGUAUUUAAGCAAGUGGCAGCCGAGGGUGUUGUCCCCCAGUCAGGGGACGGCGAUGAGCUGCCCUGUCCGAGCAACCACACACCUUUAGUGUUUGGUUUGGGAGUUUUUGUUUGCUUGUGGUUGGUUUGUUUGGUUUUUUUUUCCGAGCAUGAAGUCCUGCUCAGACCUGGGAGAGCUUUUCUUCAGGCUCACAUUGCUCUCUAACAAAGCAGAGGAAUGUACAUUCAUUUCCUUGGCUUUACGGUGCCCUGUGGCAGAUCAAUGUCCUCCAGUCUCUGCCGUGCAAACAGCGACAAGAAAAAUCUCCUGUCCUACAAGGGCACUUCCAGCCUCGGAACUGUUCACCUGCUUGAAAAUAUUUGACCCCAAACCUCUGUCACCAUCAAACCCUACGAGUGCUUUGAGACAGCAGAGGAAAACGCGAUUCCCUUCUCCCUGCUCAGUGCGUUUGCCUCCACGCGGGGACCUCACGCUCUCAGUUUUGUUACUCCGGUGCAGACUGCAGUUACCCGCUAGGGCACGGCUACCUUUCCCUUGUCCUUUUCUUUCUCUGAAACGCUGAAAAAGGAAAAGAUAAGAUAGCAGAGCCGAGGGCAUCUCCUGCGGGAUCGGCCGCAACAGCGCAGCGACGCGGAGCCGCCCCCGGAGCCGAACCCCCGCGGGGCGGAGCGGGCGCGGAGCCGCCCCUGGGCGAUGGGACCGCGGUGGCAGCGCGGAACCCAACAGGUGAGGAUAAGGGGCUGCCGGGGGGUGAAUGGGGCAGGGGGGGGUCCGGCCGUUCCCGGUGCGCCGGGUCCCGUUUGGGCUGCAAACACCCGCGUGUCCUUGGCUGGGUCGGAGCAUCCUUUUAUCUCGACGGGAUCUGCUCCACGUGGCACCGCUUUGAGCGCGUUUUGGCCCGAGGUUUCUGGGAGGGCAGGCUGUGACCCGAGGUAAGUCGGGGUUCUGGGGCUGCGGGUGUUGGUGGAGCGGUCAUUCAGCACCGCUCACACUCACGUUGGCCCGUGACUUUUCCCUCUGUGUGAGAGCUGCACGUCUGCGGAGUUCAGGCAGUAAUUGAGUGCUCCUGGGAAUCUGAACAGCUACAGGGAUGGAAAUGCGAAGUGAAGCUCGGCAGCAGCGCUGACCUUGUUAUGCAGAACGUUUGCUUGAAGGCCAAAGUGGGGCCUCCGUGUCACUGCAGUGCUUUAUCUGGGGUCACAGAAUGGUGGAUGAGCAUUUUGCAGAAAUGCUGCGGGUCGAUAAGUCACUGCUAUCUGUAACACAUCCCCGGUGUCCAUCAGCAAUAGAGCUCCCCAUAAGUUGCCCUUUUCCCCUCUGCAAGGUCAAACAUUACUAUUGCUGCUCUUAGAGGGCAUCAGGGCUCUGCUGAAGCUGCACAAGGCUGCAAGAAACCUGCCCAGGUCUGCUCAGCCCCAGACCUUCCUGCCCUCUGGUUGUGCUUUUGUUUGUGUUGUUCACCCAACAGAACUGUUCGCUUUGGAUUUGUGGGAUAUGUACUAAAUAAACCUUCAGAGCUGAG